AAUGGCAGCGGCUGCUGUGCACGAUUGGAUCCACGCUCAACUCGUCAGACAUGUUCCCGGAUGAUGGAUUGUGCGAUUACAUGUUCUACGACUCUGUCUACAAGAGAGGCCCCGCGCAGUUUGAACCCAACAACGUGGAGGCCGCCUUGAGCAUCUUUUUGGGCGAACGUCCGAAUAUGCACGACACCAAGUUCGGCAUCGGCUUCGCGCACAAGUACAGGCACGAGCUGAAGUUACAACUCUCCGCGAAUGGUGAAGCCACGCCGCUCAUGCUGCAGUACUUCUGGGACCGAAAUAUUUGCGACUUUGGCAUCCUGGACACUCCGACAAAUGGUCUCGACGAAACUUCCUUGGAAGAAAUGUUAGAAAGCCUCAAGAUGCUACACGACUUCUCAAUAAGCCAGAGAUCUCAGGGCAAAAGCUGCCACAUUGUUUUUGCCGGGCCAGCUGCGGACACAAGCUUGGAAAACAUCUACUUCGAAAAAUUUUCGAAGAUCUUCACGCCGGACGUUGUCGUCAUCCUGAGCCACUACGGCCAGGGUGACAACACGUUGCAGUACUGCCACGUCAUGCCGCCAACGGUGCUGACGAGGCCUCCAGCACUCGGUACCAGUCGCGGCUACAAAGAAGAUCUGUGUUCUCAGUAA